AUUUAGUAGAGAGUCGCGGUCCAACAAAAGAAGAGUCUCGUGGGGUUGGGUUCGUCGGCUGGCGCAGUGAACACGAGAGAGUGGGCCAGACAAUCUCCUCUUGCUCUCGCCCCAAAUAUAAAACCCCAACACACAGAAACAAAGGCCUCAAUAUAUUUUGUUUCGUUUCAUUUUGCUCUUUCUUCAAGCCAACCUCUUCCCAACUCUUUGUUCCUUUCUUCCUCUCACUCUCACCAUGAUUACAGUAAGCGUAAGAUGGCAAAAGGAGAUUUUCAAAGAUGUAGAACUUGACACUACCCAGUCUCCUUAUGUUUUUAAAUGCCAAUUGUAUGAUUUGACUGGUGUGCCUCCCGAAAGACAAAAAAUUAUGGUCAAGGGUGGUCUUUUGAAGGAUGAUGCUGAUUGGUCAACAGUAGGGGUGAAAGAGGGUCAAAAGCUAAUGAUGAUGGGUACAGCUGAUGAAGUUGUAAAGACUCCUGAGAAGGGAACUGUUUUUGUUGAAGAUCUUCCUGAAGAAGAACAAGUAGUUGCUGUUGGGCAUACUGCUGGUCUUUUCAACUUGGGAAACACAUGUUAUAUGAAUUCAACAUUGCAAUGCCUCCAUUCUGUGCCUGAGUUAAAGUCAGCUUUGACUAAAAUCAGUUAUUCACAUUCAGGACGAAACAAUGAUGUUGAUCAAUCUUCUCAUCUGUUGACCAUUGCAACCCGUGACUUGUUCAGCGAGCUUGAUAAAAGUGUCAAGCCUGUGGCGCCAAUGCAAUUUUGGAUGGUAUUGCGGAAAAAAUAUCCUCAAUUUGGCCAGCUGCAUAAUGGAGUGUUCAUGCAACAGGAUGCUGAAGAAUGUUGGACACAACUUUUAUACACACUCUCUCAGUCCCUCAGAUCCCCUGGAUCUAGUGAAAAUCCCGAUGCUGUGAAGGCCCUCUUUGGCAUAGAACUUAUUAGCAGGAUUCAUUGUCAAGAGAGUAAGGAAGAAAGCUCAGAAGCAGAGUCUGUUUAUUCACUUAAAUGCCACAUAUCGCAGGAGGUGAACCAUUUGCAUGAAGGGAUAAAACAUGGGUUAAAAUCCGAGUUAGAAAAGGCUUCACUUGUAUUGGGCCGUAGUGCUAUACACUUGAAGGAAUCACGCAUUAAUGCCCUACCAAGGUACUUGACUGUUCAGUUUGUCCGUUUCUUUUGGAAGAGGGAAUCCAACCAGAAGGCUAAGAUUUUGCGGAAAGUAGAUUAUCCUCUGGAGUUGGAUGUUUAUGAUUUUUGUUCUGACGAACUUCGUAAAAAAUUGGAAGCUCCUAGACAGAUCCUAAGAAAUGAAGAAGGCAAAAAGCUUGGUCUGAAAGUGAAUGAGAAAAGCUCUGUUCAGAAGGAAAAUGAUGUAAAAAUGUCUGAUGCUGAGGGAGCAACAAGUGGAGGAGGGGAGCCAUCUGUAGUUCCCAUGGAGGAGGGUGAAAAGGAAACACAGAUGACUGGAAUUUAUGAUUUGGUUGCUGUAUUAACCCACAAGGGUAGAAGUGCUGAUUCAGGACAUUAUGUUGGUUGGGUCAAGCAAGAAAAUGGGAAAUGGAUAGAGUUUGAUGAUGACAAUCCCAAACCAAAACUAGAAGAAGACAUCACUAGACUAUCUGGAGGAGGUGAUUGGCACAUGGCGUAUAUAAUCAUGUACAAGGCUCGUGUUGUAUCUGUGUAAUUGCUAGGAAGAGCCGAUUUGGUGUUUUACUUCAGAGAAUCAAGGAUUGUGAAUGAGAAAUGGUUUAUUUGUUUUCUACUCCUGAGGUUUGAUGCUCAUUAGUCGGUAUUUAUUUCGUUUAGGUAUUAUAUUUUUUUUAAAGGAUGCAUAAGGAUUUGAAAUGAAGCAUGGUACCCCUGAAUCUCCUUCCUUCCAUCGACUGGGUCCAAGAGGCACUUGAAUAUCAAGUUACAUACAUUUCUGUGGUGAAAGCCUAGCCUAUUAUUUCUAUGAAUCAAACGCGAGAGCAACGUCCUUUAUGAAAUGCUUAGUGAGCAUACAAUACAGGAUGAAAACUUGACAUAAACAUGUUUAAUUUGAUUAUGAUAAGCGAAUCCUUUUUUUUAUAUAUAUUUUUAAAUAUUUUAUACC